GUAAGGUUUUACUGAACGUCAUACCUGAGCAAAAUUAUGUUACUUUCUUGUCUUGCAUUUCAUAUUGCAACUUAUGCUAUUUGAAUAAAGUAAGGAUAGCUGUUUUUUACUUUUUGAUCCAAUUGUUUAAAUAAAUAUAUUUAGCAAUGCUUUAACAAUGCCUGUCUUUGUACUGUUUACAUUAAUAUUACUAUUAUUUUACGGGAAAAGCAGAUAUGGUGCCAGUGAAGCCUUGUAUUCAUCUGUAGGCAUCUGGUGGCCACGCGAGUGGACGAGAGGGAGAGUGGGAUGGAGAGAAAGAGAGCGCGCGCGUGUGCGUAACGGUGAUGAGUAGCCUGAACUACAACUGGCUGGGAUCACACCUUUCCGCGGGUAGCGCGCGUCGUGCGCACUUUAAUUAGAGCAGGACACAAGUGUAGUUAUCGGGAGAGUGGCAUUCUCACCAUGUCUCAGGGGGCUUAACUUCAGUCGCUCAAAUUUCAGUGAAGGUAAGAGUGCCUAGUCGUCUCCGGUGUUUUUCCGUCACUUACUUGAACCGUGUUCCUCUGGUUAGCAGCAUCGUCUAUCUGCUGCUUUCAUGAACUUGGGUCAGACGUCGGAGCGAGUCUUUCGAACCGCGGACGAUGAAGACCACUCGGAAAUGCCGUGCCUUGUUGUCCGUGAGUUUGAAUCUCGUCGCCCUUUUCUUCUCCACUACGGCAUUUGUCACCACGUACUGGUGCGAGGGCACUCAAAGGGUCCCCAAGCCCAACUGCAGCAAAGAGAGACGGCAUAACUGUAUUGACUACGGGGUAAAUGAGACUGACCCGAGCAAAGUGCAUUACAGCUGGGAAACGGGAGACGACAGGUACCUCUUCAGAUAUUUUCACACGGGAAUCUGGUAUUCCUGCGAGGAAAACAUCCACGGGGCAGGUGAGAAAUGCAGGAGUUUUAUCGAUCUGGCCCCGGCGUCGGAGAGAGGUGUCCUUUGGCUGUCGGUGGUGUCUGAAGUACUAUACAUCAUGCUGCUGGUGGUUGGCUUCAGCCUAAUGUGCUUGGAGCUCUUUCACUCCAACAACGUGAUCGAUGGACUCAAGCUCAACGCCUUUGCGGCCGUCUUUACUGUUCUCUCAGGGCUCCUGGGGAUGGUGGCCCACAUGAUGUACACCCAGGUGUUUCAGAUCACAGUGAGCCUCGGCCCUGAGGACUGGCGUCCGCACACUUGGGACUACGGCUGGUCCUUCUGCUUGGCUUGGGGCUCGUUCACGUGCUGCAUGGCUGCCUCCGUCACCACCCUCAACUCCUACACCAAGACGGUGAUCGAGUUCCGGCACAAGCGCAAGCUCUUCGAGCAGGGUCUCCGCGAGGAGCAGACCUUCCUGGACCCCGAGGCCUUCCACUACUUCCGCGACCGCUCUGUCCAGUCCGUCUCCAGCUCGGUGGAGGUAUACCCAGGCCAUGGAGGAGGAGGAGGAGGAGGAGGAGGGAGUGGGAGAGGGAAGCUCCACCACGGACGCUCCACCUCCAUGGACCUGGGCGAGAACUGCGACUCCCUGGGUGAGGAGCAGUGCUGA